AUGGACGAAGUUAGUGAGAUUUUGACUGCGUUUGGAGCCGUUCUUGCCGUUUCACUGGCUGAGGAAUCUGAUUUGCUGAUAUCUCUGCUGUUCAAUGGCUUAGAUUUUCUGGGACUCCUUCUGGGGGUCUUGGCUCACAGACGACAGCAUGUGCGAAUUGCAGGAUUUGCAGAAGAUGUCGUGCCUAGGUACCAUCCUGAAGACUUUAGGCAGCACUUUCGAGUUUCAAGGAGAACUGCAAGCAUUCUUGUGACUGCUCUUGGAUACUGCAGAGGUGUCCCUAGAGCUUCAGAUCCACAAAGAAGGGGAAUAUUGCCUGUUGAUGUCGAAAAGCAAUUGCUGGUAACAUUGUGGUUUCUGGCCACGCAAGAGCCCUUUCGAAGCAUUGGGGACCGAUUUGGAAUAUGUAAUGCCACUGCCUACAGAAUUGUGAAGAGAGUCAUAGCAGCCAUCAACAGAAACUGGACUCCCAAGAUCAUCAGGUGGCCUAAAGAUUCAGCAUCUGCUAGAUAUGUGAUUGAUGGAUUUCACGGUCGUCGUGGAUUCCAAGGGGUACUUGGGGCCAUUGAUGGAUCGCAUAUAGCGAUCAAGGCUCCAAGAAGCUGUUUGUGA